AUGGCCGCUGGAGACUGGUUUGAAUAUUCAGACGACGACAUCCAGGCACGUAGCAGCAUGGAUAGUGUAAAUGGAUACCAAAUUCACCAAGAGGAUGAGAUCAAGGAGUAUGAGCUGCCACCAGCGGCGGCGGCUACUACAACAACCACCGCAAGGAGCAAUGGGGUUGUCAAUGGAUAUCCACAUCAUGAAAACAAUGGCGAGUAUAUGCAAGACAUGUUAUCAUCCUCAAGCUCCACAACUUCAGCCUCCUCCAGCAUCAGCGGUGAUCAUCCUAUCGCAUCUCAACAGCGUUCCAGCAGCUUUUUUUCUCGGCUGACAUCCAUCCCCAUUGUUCAAGAUAGUCUUUCAGGAGCACAAAAGACAAUGGAACAACACGCACUUGGAAGAUUGGCAGGUCGUACCCUUUGUGCUCUUUAUAAUCGCACUGCACCCUAUGUCAACUAUGAGAGUCGUUGGAGUACACAAUUGCAAUUUGCCAAUGAUAUUGGUCAUCGAUCCCUGGAUUUGCUUGAGCAGCAAUGUCCAUUGAUUGUGAAUGGAUCCAGUAAAGAUUUGGCCCAAGCUCCGCAUUUGAUGGCAGAUGAAAUCCGUUGUCGUAUCUCAAGCACCGUACGCAAGAUUCGUGCACCUGCAUCAGUAGGACUUGUGAUGGAUAAUCUCGAAGCUGUGUUGGAUCAAUACUUUCCUGCAGAGGAAGGUGAUGAUGACAAUGAGGAGGAGGAUUUGAUUGAUCCAAAAGAUGGAAAACGUCUAAGCGAAGAUGAUGAUGACAAUACGACACCCACCUACUAUCAAUUGUUACGCAUGUACCGUAUUGCUAAUUCUCUCUCAGGACGUAUUGCCAGGAGAAUCACCUUGAAUUUGAACAACAAGAAAAAGGUUCGAAAGGGUGAUGAUGAUGAAGAAGAAGAAGAGGAAGAAGCUCGAAUGAGUCAAUGGCUCGUGCAUCAAAUGCAAAUGCUUCUAGAGCACUUGGAAGCUUACAAGACCCAAUUGCCCGAACCACUGCAAUCCCUUGUAGUCCAACCCUUGAUUCAAUUGGCUCAUCAAGAAUAUGACAUCUUGCAACAAGAACUCGAGAAACCUGGAUUGACUCCAGUAGAACGUGCUCGCAACGUGCUUGCCGUAUCCCAGGAUACCGUCAUUAUGCCUUUAUUGCAACGUUCCGUUCAAUCCAUGCAUAAUCAAGUCAUUUUUUAUCGCUCACUUGCACAAGAGAAUAGAGCUCAUGUCAUGAAUGAGUUAUCAUCCAAAUUGCCUAUCCUUGCUAGUCUUGCUCCCAUGUCAGCCUUGGCUAGCCACUACAAGAGUACUCAAAAAGAAGCAACACCUACUGAAGCGUACUAA